UCAUGCUGGCAGAAGUGGCCCAAAUAAAUGCACUAGCACCAGUCAUUCAGGGGGGUUAGGGGUGGGGUUAGAAAAAACAGAAAAAAAUCAACAUAAUGUACAAGACCCAAGUGUGCUAGUUUCCCUAAUUACGUAGUGUUCCUUCAUCCUUACUUUCUUUCUUUCUCUCUCUCUCUCUCUCUCUCUCUUUCAUACUGACCCCCCACCCCUUAUCCUUCUUGUUCAACACAUGGGUGUGCAAUGAUUUGCUUUUGGGGGAUAAAACCCACAGUUUGGGAGUGGAGAGGGAUAUUACAGAGCAGGAUGGCCCGAAGUAAGGUACCUCUGCUCUUGCAUGGAUUUCUCCUGCUGGUUCUGUGUAGACCCUCCCUUCAAGGAGGAAUCUACAUACCAGCUGGUGCAGGGGGAGGAGCAGGAGCUGGAUUAGGGGCUGGUGUUGGAACUGGAACUGGACUUGGAACCAGCACUGGAACUGGUCCAGGAGGUGGAUUUGGUCCUGGAAUCGGAGGUGUUGGGCCAGGAGUUGGUCCUGGAGGAGUUGGAACAGGGUUAGGUCUAGGUGCUGGCCCUGGUGGACUUGGAACAGGGCCAAGAAUUGGCAUCAGACCUGGAACUGGUUCUGGACUGGAUACUGGAGGUCUUGGGGCAGUUGGGCCUGGUACAGGAGGGCUUGGUACAGGAGGACUUGGUACUGGUGGAUUAGGCACUGGAGGACUCGGAACAGGGCCAUUUGUCAAGCCACCUAAAACAGUUCAUUGUGUCAACACAGGAGGAUAUCUACCAGGAAUUGGACCAGGUGGUACAGGUGUUGGUCCUGGAGCUGGAUCACUUGCACCUGGAGGAGUUGGUCCUGCUGGUAUUGGACCAGGAGGCAUUGGACCUGGCAGCAUAGGUCCUGGCAUUGGAGCCGUGGGAACUAGACCAGGAGGUGUCAUACCUGGAGGCGCUGGUGCUGGUGUUGGAACUGGAGGCCUUGGAGCAGGUGUAGGUGCUGGUGGCAAACCCCCUAAACCUGGUUAUGGGGGUAUUCCAGGCACUCUUGGAGCUGGAAGUCUUGGUGGUGCUGGUGGUCUUGGAGGCCUUGGACUGAGGCCAGGGGGUGCUGGCCUUGGACUGAGGCCAGGGAGUGGUGGCCUUGGAGGUUUAUUACCUGGUGGCUUUGGUGUUGGUCCAGGGGCUGGUGGCAUUGGCACAGGAGUACCUGGACAAGGAGUUGGUUUGGGCACUGGUGUGGGAGGGUUUGGCCCUGGUGGAGUUGGGCCAGGAGGUGCUGGAAGAGGUGUUGGAGGAAAACCCCCCAAAACAGGUUAUGGAGGCCUUGGUGGCAUUGGACAAAGUGGCAUUUUUCCUGGUGGAGUUAGACCAGCUGGUGUUGGACCAGGUGCCAUUGUCCCUGGUUAUGGUGGGCCUGGGGGUUUUGGUGGUGGACCGAUUGGAACAGGAAGUCUUGGACCACUUACACCUGGAGGUGCUGGAACAGGCUACCCAUCAGGUGGCAGCUAUGGUGGAUAUGGUGGGCCUGGAGGUCUUUAUCCUGGAGCUGGAACAGCUGGCCAGAAGCCACCAAAACCAGGAAUUGGACCUGGUGGUGCAGGAAUUGGUCCAGGCGGUGCAGGAUUUGGACCUGGUGGUGCAGGAGUUCGGCCUGGAGGUGUAGGAAUUGGACCGGGGGGUGUAGGAAUUGGUCCAGUUGGCACUGGGAUUGGACCAGGUGGGACAGGAAUUGGACCAGGUGGCACAGGAGUUGGGAUUGGACCAGGUGGGACAGGAAUCGGACCAGGUGGCACAGGAGUUGGUCCUGGAGGUGUAGGAUUUGGACCUAGUGGCACUGGAAAUGGAAUUGAAGGAGCAGGAGUUGCGCCUGGUGGAGCACCUUUUCUUCCCCAAACUGGAUUACCUGUAACUGGGACAGGCACUUGGGGCAAAGUCGGAAAGACUGGGAAGGCACCGGUGCCAGGUGUUGGGAUCCCUGGGUUAUACCAAGGGGGUAUUGUUCCUGGACAAGGCUUUGGCGGUAGAGGCAUUCUGCCAGGUGUAGCCACAGGAUCUCAAACUGGGCAGCUUGGUCAAGGUGCAGUUGGAGCCAAUGGAGGCCGUGGAGGUUUUGGUCAACAAAUACCAGGCAUGUUCGGUGGAUAUCCUCUUAUAUCACCUAAGUCUGGAGGCACAAGCGCUGCAAAGUCUCAGGCUAAAGCUGCCAAGUAUGGGGCUGGUGGUGUUCCUGGUCUAGGUGGUGGAUUUGGUGUGGGAGGUGUACCUGGUGCAGGAGGUCUGCCAGGAAUAGGCGGUGUUCCAGGUGCAGCUGGUAUACCAGGCAUUGGUGGUGUUCCUGGUCUAGGUGGUGGGCUUGGUGUAGGAGGUGUACCUGGUGCAGGUGGUAUACCAGGCACUGGAGUCAUCCCUGGAACUGGUGGUGCAACUCCUGGUGUUCUAUAUCCAGGAGCUGGUGGUGUUUAUCCUGGAGGAGCUGGGGCAAAAGCUCGGAAAUAUGCUUCAGGGAUAGGAACUGGUGGACUUCCUGGUUCUGGUUUGGGAGUGGGUGGUCUUGGAGCAGGAGGACUUCCUGGUUCUGGCUUGGGAGUGGGUGGCCUUGGAAUUGGAGGAGUUCCUAGUUCUGGUUUGGGAGUGGGCAGCAUUGGAACUGGUUUGGGUGGUCCUGGUGGGCCCCUUGGUUCUGGUUUAGGAGCUGGUGGACUCCCCGGACCUGGAGUUGGUCCUGAAGGAUAUGCUGCGGCCAAAGCAAGAAAAUAUGCUCAACUUGGACGUCAGGCUGGGACAUUGGGUACUGGAGGAUUACCAGGUGGAGCAGCCGGUGUUUCUGGUGUUGGACUUGGUGGAGUACCUGGUGGAGGUAUUGGGACUGGUGGACUUGGAACUGGUGGGCUACCUGGAGGUGGACUUGGUGGAUUACCAGGUGGAGGAGCUGGUGGACUGUCUGGUGGUGGAGUUAGUGGUCUUCCUAGUGGUUCUGGAGGACUUCCUGGCUCUGGAACUGGAUAUGCAGAGGCAAAAGCUCGUAAAUAUGGUCUACUUGGUGGAGGUGCUGGUUUAGGCCCAGGCACUGGAUUAGCUGCAGGUAUUCCAGGAAGAUUAGCAGGUACUGGUGUCGGACCAGGUGGGGCCGGGAGUAUACCAGGAACUGGAGUUGGACAAGGAGGCAUCCCUGGUGUGGGUUACGGUCCAGGAGGUGUACCCGGUGGUGGCUUUGGACCUGGGAGUGUUCCUGGAAGUGCAUUUGGACCUGGAGAUUACGCUAGGGCCAAAGCUCGCAAAUAUGGGGUUACUGGUGGAGCUGGUGGAAUGGGAUUGCCUGGAGGAUUAGGAGGGUCACUUGGUAGUGGAACAGUUCCGGGUGUUGGAGCUGGAGGAGGAACACCAGGUGCCGGAAUUGGACCAGGAGGGGCACCAAUUGGUGGUUAUGGACCUGGAGGAGUACCUGCAGGUGGUUAUGGGCCAGGAGGAGUACCUGCUGGAGGAUAUGGACCUGGCUCUGGAGCCUAUCCAGGUGGACCAAAAGCCCUAAAAUAUGGUCCUGGUGGCAGUGGAGGGGCUCCAGGACUUGGUCUGCAGGGUCAGAUAGGAACCGGUCCAGCAGGAGGAUUUGGUACAGGGGCAAGGCCAUUUGGUGGUUAUGGUCCAGGGACUAUAGGAGGUCCUGGGUCUGGAUUUGCUGGAGCAGCACUGCCUGGUGCUGUUGGAGCAGGAAGCAGAGGAGGGCUUGGACCUGGGUAUGGAACAGGUGCUGGAGGAUAUGGACUUGGAUCAAAAGCAGCUAAAUAUGGUUUACCUAGUUCUGGAGGUGUCUUAGGAGCAGGAGGCAUACCAGGAGCUGGAACAGGAGUGGCAGGAGGACCUGGAGUUCCGCCUGGAGGGCUUGGGGUUGGUCUUGGGACUGGUGUUGGAUAUGGGGGGUAUGGAGGGUAUGGAGGAGCAGAAAAACCACCUAAAUAUGGACAACCAGCUGGUGGGGUUGGAAGUGUGUUGGGUGGGUCGGUACCAGCAACUGGUGGAACUGGGGCCACAGGAACUGGAGUUGGAACUGGUGUUGUAGGUGGGGCUGGAGGUAUACAAGUUUCAGGAACCAAGCAAGACAAAUAUGGGGUACCAGGCAUCACAGGAGGACCAACUAUUCCAGGUAGUACAGCUGCUACUGGCACAGAUCAUGGAGCAGGUCCUAAACCUGGAAUUGAUGGAGUGAUCGGCAGUCCUUAUGGUGGAACUGGAGGUCAAGGAGGUGGAACAAAAGCUCCCAAAACUGAAUCUGGAGGACCAAUAGAGGGAUCAGGUGUUACUGGUGGGCCCAUUGAUGCUGAUGGGCUUGAUGGAGCUGCUGGGACAAGAACACCCAUCUUAGCUGGAGAAAGACCAGGUGUGUCUGGAACUGCUCCAGGUGGAACGGGAUCGCCACGGCCAGAGAGAGUUGGUGAUAUUGGAACAUUACCAGGAGCCAAACCACUAAAACCCCCAGGCAUUGGAGGUGGAGCCAUUGCUGGACGUGGAGAUACUCCGGGCACUAUUGAAGGCGGUGGUCCAGGUGGAGUUGGUGGUGGACCAGGUGGAGUUGGUGGAGGACUGGGAGGGGUUGGUGGUGGACCAGGUGGAGUUGGUGGAGGACUGGGAGGAGUUGGUGGUGGACCAGGAGGAGCUGGUGGAGUUCCAGGUGGUGUUGGUGGAGGACCAGGUGGAAAUGGUGGAGGACCAGGUGGAGUUGGUGGAGGACUAGGAGGAGUUGGUGGAGGACUAGGAGGAGUUGGUGGAGGACCAGGUGGAGGAGUUAAACCUCCUAAAGUUUAUGGUGGUACAGGUGGAACUGGAGCUCUGGGAGUUGGAGGUGUGGGUGGAAUGGGUACAGCUGGAGUGGGUGGAGUAGGACUUCUGCCUGGAGGUGGUGGUCUGCUACCAGGAGGUGGAGCUGCAGGCACAGGAGUUGGGGCGCAGAAACCAGGCAAAAGUUAUGGUGGAGCUGGAAGUUUAGGAGCCAGUGGGAUCGUACCAGGGACCGGCCUCAGGUUCCCCAGUGGGGCUGCAGUGGGCAGCAAACAAGGAAAAGUUUAUGGGGCAGCAGGCACACUAGGUGGGCUUGGAGGCCCAGGCGGAUAUGGAGCAGGACCCGGUAGCUAUGGAGGUGGUCCAGGUGGUUACAGUGGUGGCCUGGGCGGUUAUGGUGGUGGCCCAGGCAGUGCUGGUGGACUUGGAGGGCCUGGACUUGGUGGGCUUGGUUAUGGUCCUGGCGCAUUAAAACCACCAAAAAGCUAUGGAGGAGCUGGAACACUAGGUGGGGCUGGAAGAGGAGGAAUUGGUGGAGGUCUUGGCGGGGGUCUAGGAGUUGGACCGGGUGGUGCUGGUGGUACUGGUGGUGGUCUAGGAGUUGGACCAGGAGGUGUUGGGGGAGGUCCUGGAGGAGUUGGAGUGGGUGGAGGGUACGGAGGUUUAGGUGGAGCUGGAGGCGUGGGGGGUCUUGGAGGAGGUGCUGGAAGCCCAGUAGGAACCGGUGGAGGUCUCAGGUACCCAGGAGGAGCAGGAACAGGGAAACCUGGUAAAUCAGGCUUUGGCACGGGUGCCUUGAGUGGUCAGGGCUAUCAGCCAGGUGGAUAUGGGACUGGUGUAGGUCCAGGUGCUGGAUAUCAACAGCCAUAUCCAGGUUAUGGUGGCACUGGUGCAGGGGGACCUGGAAGUGCGCCACUUACACCUCAGCAAUCAAAAGCAGCCAAAUAUGCAGCUCUUCAAGGCUUUCUAGGUGCAGGAGGCUACAGAGGUGGCGCAGGAUGCCAAGGCAAAUACUGUGGAAGAAGGAGGAAGUGAGAAACCAGCAGAUAGAAGUGACCUCAUAAACAAGUGGUGCUACUGCCUGAUCUCAAAUGCACUUUUUUUUUUUUUUACAGUUUAAAAGUGCCUCAUAUAAUAUGUGAGAGAGAUUUGGAUUUGCAUUUUAAAGGAUUUUUUCAGCCGUAUGAUUAGAUGUGAUGUGAACCUCACAAGGCACUCUUUGCACUGCCUAACUCCCUUAGACAUUUCCUUUACAAAUUUAACAUGAUUGCUUGAUUUUUUUUUAUCAGACAUUUCAGACAUGUUACCAUUUAAUGCUCCAUCUUAAACUGCUGCAGAUCCAGCUGUGCAUCUCUUAUGGUUUUGCUGCAGUUGCUCACUUACACACUUGUUGAAUUUUCAGACACAUCGUCUAGGGACAUGUCGCUGCUAUUUCAGGAUGAACUUACGUUGGGGGAAAGCAGUGUCAUUUUCUGGCUAUGCAUCAAAUAGUAAAGGGAGCCUCUUCUCUUUCCAGCUGUAUGCAUAAGACUUAAUGAAUGGAUAUUUUGUCUUUUCCAGCAUCUUUAGUUUUUCAUAGUAUAGUCACACAAAGGAAUGGGAUCUAGGCAUGCAAAUUUUAGUCUUACAUGAACAAAAUGCUUGUCAUUACUGCAGUAGACAGCAUCUAAGUACUGAGGAUUACAGGCUGUCUUCAAAGAUACCUCAGGAACUUGAAGUGGUUUCUUUUCUAGUAUCCUGACCCUAUACAACAUUGUUUUUGUUUGUAUGUUUGUUUUAACAUAACUCUUAUUAAAUUAAAAUGUUGGGUUCUUAAGAGUAUCUAAGCAUUUAACCUAACUCAUUUUGGGGUUUGUAAGCAUUGUGUGUUGUGAAUGAUGUAGGCUGUCUGUAUUUGUAUAAGUGCAACUAUUCAAAUGUGACCUGAAAGUAUGAUAAAAGCAAUUCAUAGUGAAUCUUCUCUCAUGGUUUACUUUUGUUCUUCACUUUUAUGCACUUGUUACUUUUGUGAAAGUCCAACCAGUUCACAUGUUUGUAUGAACUUUAAUUUUAUUCGGGCCUUUUAUCCAUCAUUUACAUCUCUAAAAAUAAAUUGUAAAACCAAAGCAUGUUUUUGUUUUUACUCACAAUCUACUAUGCUAUGUUAGCCACAUGACAUGGUAGGCUACUGGUGGAAAAUCCAAAAAAUGAGAUUCAAACAAUAAGACUAAACAAAUUGAGUUAUAUAACAAUGAUUAGUUUUCUGUCAAUAAAUAUAUCCAAACAGUUGUUCCAUUGUCUAAUAAAACAUAUAUUAAAGAAA